CGGUGGAGGCAGCCUGAGGCACGAGGAAGCCUGCUGGGGUGGGGAGGGGCAGGUGUCUCUAGCCCCUGGAGAAGGAGAAGGCCCUAGUGGGCCCCAGCCCCUGGCAUUGUCGCAGGGGAGGUCUUGGCCACUGCAGAACCACACCAUGUGGGCCCUGGGGUGCCACCAGUUCUGGUCCCACUGGAGGCAGGUGAUGGCGCUGCUGCUGCUGCUGCUUGGGGUACCCCCGCAAGGCGGGGCACUGCCACCCAUCCGCUAUUCCCAUGCUGGCAUCUGCCCUAACGACAUGAACCCCAACCUCUGGGUAGAUGCCCAGAGCACCUGCAAGCGGGAGUGUGAGACAGAUCAGGAGUGUGAGACCUAUGAGAAGUGCUGCCCCAAUGUGUGUGGAACUAAGAGCUGCGUGGCGGCCCGCUACAUGGAUGUGAAGGGGAAGAAGGGCCCGGUGGGCAUGCCCAAGGAGGCCACGUGCGACCACUUCAUGUGUCUGCAGCAGGGCUCCGAAUGCGACAUCUGGGAUGGCCAACCUGUGUGUAAGUGCAAGGAGCGCUGCGAGAAGGAGCCCAGUUUCACCUGCGCCUCCGAUGGCCUCACCUACUACAACCGCUGCUACAUGGACGCGGAAGCCUGCUCCAAGGGCAUCACGCUGGCUGUCGUCACCUGCCGCUACCACUUCACCUGGCCCAACACCAGCCCCCCACCGCCAGAGACCACUGUGCACCCCACCACAGCCUCCCCAGAGACCCCUGGGCUGGACACAGCAGCCCCAGCCCUGCUCAACCACCCUGUGCACCAGUCAGUCACCACAGGUGAGACCGUGAGCUUCCUCUGCGAUGUGGUGGGCCGGCCCCGGCCUGAGAUCACUUGGGAGAAGCAGCUGGAGGAUCGGGAGAAUGUGGUCAUGCGGCCCAACCAUGUGCGAGGCAACGUGGUGGUCACCAACAUCGCCCAGCUGGUCAUCUACAAUGCCCAGCCCCAGGAUGCUGGUAUCUACACCUGCACAGCCCGGAAUGCUGCCGGGGUCCUGCGGGCUGACUUCCCACUGUCAGUGAUCAGGGCUGGCCAGGCCUCGGCCACUGCAGAGAGCAUCACCAACGGCACAGCCUUCCCCACAGCCGAGUGUCUGAAGCCUCCCGACAGUGAGGACUGUGGUGAGGAGCAGACCCGCUGGCACUUCGACGCCCAGGCCAACAACUGCCUCACGUUCACCUUUGGCCACUGCCACCGAAACCGCAACCACUUCGAGACCUAUGCGGCCUGUAUGCUGGCCUGUAUGAGCGGCCCAGUGGCUGUGUGCAGCCUGCCCGCCCUGCAGGGGCCCUGCAAGGCCUACGCACCACGCUGGGCCUACAAUGGCCAGACAGGCCAGUGCCAGUCCUUUGUAUACGGUGGCUGCGAGGGCAACGGCAACAAUUUCGAGAGCCGUGAGGCCUGUGAGGAGUCCUGCCCCUUCCCACGGGGGAACCAGCGCUGCCGGGCCUGCAAGCCGCGGCAGAAGCUUGUCACCAGCUUCUGUAGGAGUGACUUUGUCAUCUUGGGCCGAGUAUCCGAGCUGACUGAAGAGCCCGACAUGGGCCGUGCCCUGGUUACCGUGGAUGAAGUCCUCAAGGAUGAGAAGAUGGGACUCAAGUUCCUGGGCCGGGAGCCUCUGGAGGUCACUCUGCUGCACGUGGACUGGGCCUGCCCCUGCCCCAAUGUGACGGUGGGUGAGACACCGCUUAUCAUCAUGGGUGAGGUGGAUGGCGGCAUGGCCAUGCUGCGGCCCGACAGCUUCGUGGGCGCGUCGAGCACCCGGCGGGUCAGAAAGCUACGCGAGGUCAUGCACAAGAAGACCUGUGACGUCCUCAAGGAGUUCUUGGGUGUGCAUUGA